AUAAAAUGGAUCUAAGAGAAGACCUUUCUAGCGCUCAGGGCUCAAAUCUGUCCUCAUCUAAGAAGAUGAGCGAGGUUUUAAGUUCUAGAUCUUCGAAGAAGAGAGCAAAGACACUUAAUAUGCAAAAAACCUUUUCAGGAGUUGACUUCCAGAGUAAUAGAACAUUGAUGAAAAACUUUUUUAAAUAAGGGGAAAAAGUUUCAUAGCAGAUUAAAUGCUCUAUCAAAUCUCAAGGAAAUGAGAGAUCAGAUCAAUUUGAUACUCCAGAAGGUGAAGAUAGAGCAAAGUGCACAAUUUUCUGAACUUAUAAAAGAGUAUUGGAACAAAGAAGAGAAAUAUGAUAAAAUGCCUACUAUUAGGGUUAGGAAAAAGAGCAAGGAGUUGGAUAGGAAGCGGAAGUUAGUUCAACCAUUGCGUAGUAAUUAUUCAAAAAAUAAUUCAUUUACUUACUAUUCAAACAACCAGCUUAAAGUGGCCUUUGAAAAUGAACAUGAAACACAUACUAUUGAUCAAAGUUCAACAUUCUACACUCCUAGAGUUAUGAACUACUCUACAAAGAAUAACUCUGGUCAUAAUGCAUACACUACUGAGCCGAAGAAUUGUGGAGAUAAUCAAGAAUUGAUGAGCUUCCAGACAAUUAAAGAUAUAAAUAUAAAACUCUUUAACUCAAAUUAUGAGACUAAGAAGACUCCAAAGAGUAAAAAGAGAGUAAUCAGGGAAUAUAACUCGAUUCAGCCAUCUUCUAAAUCAUCUGGCAAGAAGUUCAGUGAUCUCAAGAUAUACCUCAAAGCUCUAAGAGAUUGUGAAGAUCAAAUACACAGAAAUACUUACAGAAGACCAGGCAUUGGAGAGGAUUAUAAAUCAAAGAAAAUUAAAGAGAUAGUCUCUCAUAGUCUUUCUAGCUUAAAGACUUGUAAAAAGAUUGGAUCAGCUCAAAAUAUGGCAAAUCCUCAAGAAAAGAAGAAGCUUCUUACUUAUAUUCAAAGCAAUAAGCAGAAGUUGACCAAGAACCAGUUUUAUCUUAUGCACCCCAAGGUUAUUCUGGAUAGGAAACAUAAUUAUGAGUCUAAGAUGAGUGCAAAAUCGUUCCAUGAAUCGUCAAAUGCUUUUUACAACCCAAAGACCAAUUCAAUAAAAUCAGAAGAUAAGAGAAAGUUUACUAAAAUCGUAGGAAAAUUACCAGAAAAUGAAGCUACCUUUAUUAAAUUCUAUCAGAUGAAGAAAGAUCUGAUUCCUAAAAGGCAUAGUGUGUAUUUCGUAAACCAAAAGGUUGAUCUGAAAUGGAAGCCAUCAGCCAGAGAAUGUUCUGUAAUGACCCAUAUCUUCUCUGUAAAGGAGAAGCAUAAGUUCCUUGUUUAUGCUGGACUCAGUAAUGAAGCAUUAAAUGAAAUCAUCGAAAUCAGCUUUGAUGAUCAAACUGGAGCUACUGAAUACACGAAAAUGAAAGAAGAUGUGAUUAUUAAGCAAAAAGACAACAAAUUUGGAAGAUAUGGCCACACCGAAGUUGCAUUUGACCUAAUGAGCCCAAUCACAGGUGAAAUAGAGAAGGUCAUUGUCUACUAUGGAGGGGGAGAAAUGUUUAAUAAAGUCACUAAAAUGAGAGAAUGAGUCAACCAAAUGAUCAAAUUUACACCUUCAAAGAAUGAAUUUAAAACUGUAGUUCAGUCUGGCAUUGUUCAUACACCCAGAAGAUAUCACGCAGCUUGAGUUUUUGGAAAAUACAUGUUUGUUCAUGGAGGAGUUAAUAAUUUUGGAAGGAAUCUUAGUGAUGUCCAAUGUUUUGAUGUUGUAUCAGACUCUUGGGUCCAAUCUGAAGUAGUACCUGAAAGCUUAAACAAGUACAGUGCUAAUGGAGUCGUAUGUCUGGAAGACCCUAGAGACGACUGGGGUCCAGGAGGUCUUUAUUACCACAAAUGAGCUCCUGUAUUUUACCCUGAAAGGAAAGAUUUCUGGGAUGAAAAUUUGUAUAACACCAACUUCUUUCAUAUUUACGAAGAUCCUCUUAUCAAAAUGCCUCCUUUAAAUUGGGGAGAAGUCCACCAUUACAUUGCUCAAGAAGGAAUCUAUUUCUUUGGUGGCAAAGGAGAUCUCGGAGUUUUAUCGAACGAUGUAUGGUGCCUCAAGAUCAGGCCUAAAGCUCUAAUAUCUAAAGCUAAAGCAAAGAAAGUAAACCAAAUGAUGAAGGAAGGCAAGGUGGUCGAGAGGCGUGAUGAUAGACUUGUUUAUUGCUACUUUCAAUGGGAGAAAAUCCAAACCCAAGGAAAGAAGCCAGAAGAAAGAUACGCUCAUUGCUGUCAUUACUACUCAGAAUCGAACUAUUUAGUUGUCUAUGGAGGAAGGUCUAAUGAUAAAAAUAACCCAAUACUUAAUGAUCUAUGUCUUCUCAGAAUGGAUAAUUUCUUAUGGAUUAAAGUAAAGUAUAAUUCUAAAGAAGGAGAUCCUCUCAGAGCAAGAGCUAAUUUCGCUUCUGAAAAGAUUGGAUCAAAACUAUUCAUCUUUGGAGGAAUAAAAGAAGAUUUGUUGCCUUCAAAUGAAGUUAUAAUGAUGGAGCUGGACCAAGCAAGAGGAAAUAAGUAUUUGGAAAGAGAUGAACUAGAGAAGGAAAAGUCUAAGUUAAAUUUCUUAAUCCACUAA